AUGGGAAACCGCUUGGGGUCGAAGCGCCAGGCUGGGCGGAGGCGAAUUUUGUUUCUCUUCCUGCUGUCUUUGUUCCGCCUGGCGCUUUUGGAGCAAGUCUGCUACGCUAUUCCAGAGGAGCUGGCCAGGGGCUCGCUGGUGGGGACCCUCGCCAAGGAUCUGGGGCUUGGCGUGCGAGAUUUGUGUACACGGAACCUGCGGAUUAGUGCAGAGAAGAAAUUCUUCACAGUGAGCACCGAGAACGUAGACUUACUUGUGAGCGAUCGUAUAGACCGAGAGCAGAUUUGUGGCAGGAAGUCGAUGUGUGUUCUGGAAUUCGAAAUGGUCGCUGAAAAGCCUUUAAACUUUCAUAUAACCGUGGAGAUUCAAGUCAACGACAACCCACCGACCUUUAGCCGAAAUGUCACUGAGCCGGAAAUCAGUGAACUGGCCCUAACUGGAGCCACCUUUGCCCUGGAAUCUGCACAAGAUUCAGAUGUAGGUGUCAAUUCCCUGCAGCUAUACUACCUCAACCCUGACCCUCAUUUCUCUUUGAUCCGGAAGGAGAACCCAGACGGCAGUAGGUACCCAGAACUGGUAGUGCAGGCUCCCCUGGACAGAGAAGAGCAGUCCUGCCACCACCUGGUCCUCACGGCUGUGGAUGGGGGUGAGCCAGCCAGAAGCUGCACUACGCAGAUCAGGGUAGUUGUGGCAGAUGCAAAUGAUAACCCCCCAGUGUUCACCCAGGACAUGUACAGGGUCAGUGUUCAAGAGAACCUACCCCUGGGUUCCUCUGUGCUAAGAGUGAUGGCCACUGACUUGGAUGAGGGCAUCAAUGCUGAGAUCACCUACACUUUUAUCAAUAUUGGUAAGGCAGUGAGACAACUGUUCAAGCUGGACAGUGAAACAGUGGAACUCACCACUGGUGGAGGACUGGACUUUGAAGACAGAGGGAGCUACACAAUUGGGGUGGAAGCAAAGGAUGGUGGACGUCACACUGCGCAUUGCAAACUACAAAUAGAUAUUUUGGAUGAAAAUGACAAUGCUCCCGAGAUAACCCUGGAUUCUGAAUCUAAAUAUAUACAAGAAGAUGCUGAGCUGGGGGCUGUGGUUGCCUUGAUCAAAACACAUGAUCUAGGUUCUGGAUUUAAUGGGGAAAACUUAUGCCAACUAAAAGGAAAUUUCCCAUUUAAAAUAGUUCAAGAUACAAAAAACACAUACAAGCUGGUGACAGAUAGAGCCUUAGAUCGAGAGAAGACUCCAGAAUACAAUGUCACUAUCACAGCUACUGACAAGGGCAAGGCGCCCCUCUCCUCUAAAAGAAGUGUCACGUUGAAAGUCGCUGAUGUCAACGACAAGGCUCCGGUUUUCCACCAGGCCUGCUACGUGGUCCACGUGGCCGAAAACAACCCGCCCGGCGCCUCCAACGCCCAAGUUAGCGCUUCAGAUCCAGACUUGGGGCCCAACAGCCACGUCUCCUACUCCAUCGUGGCCAGCGACCUGGAGCCGCGCGCGCUGUCGUCCUACAUGUCCGUGAGCGCGCAGAGCGACGUGGUGUUCGCGCAGCGCCCCUUCGACCACGAGCAGCUGCGCGCCUUCGAGCUGACGCUGCAGGCCCGCGACCACGGCUCGCCCGCGCUCAGCGCCAACGUGAGCCUGCGCGUGCUGGUGGGCGACCGCAACGACAACGCGCCCAGGGUGCUGUACCCGGCGCUGGGGCCCGACGGCUCGGCGCUCUUCGACACGGUGCCGCGCGCCGCGCAGCCCGGCUACCUGGUCACCAAGGUGGUGGCGGUGGACCCCGACUCUGGACACAACGCCUGGCUGUCCUACCACGUGCUGCAGGCCAGCGAGCCCGGACUUUUCAGCGUGGGGCUGCGCACGGGCGAGGUGCGCACUGCGCGGGCCCUGGGCGACAGGGACGCGGCCCGCCAGCGCCUGCUGGUUGCUGUGCGCGAUGGGGGACAGCCGCCCCUCUCGGCCACCGCCACGCUGCUCCCGGUUUUCGCGGACAGCCUGCAGGAGGCGCUGCCGGACCCCAGUGACCACUCUAAGCCCACUGACCCCCAAGCUGAGCUGCAGUUUUACCUGGUGGUAGCCUUGGCCUUGAUCUCAGUGCUCUUCCUCCUGGCAGUGAUUCUGGCGGUUGCCCUGAGUUUGCGACGCUCCUCCAGGCCUGCCACCUGGAGUUGCUUUGAGACUAAUUUUUGCUCCAAAACUGGACCCGGAGUUCUCCCCAACUAUGGGGAAGGGGCUUUACCAUAUUCCUACAAUCUGUGCGCCACACAUUCCUCAAAGACCGAGUUUAAAUUUCUCAAUAUAAAGCCUGAAAAUGCUCUUCUGUAUAUUGAGAUUCUGUAUAUUGAGAUCUUCUGUAUAUUGAAGCCUCUUGGCUUGAAAGUACCAGUAAUGACAAUCCCCAAAUUGCUUGUAAUUCAGUCAAUUUGCAACAGGUGA